GGUCAAUAUGGUCAAUCGUGUGUUUGAUUGGAGAAGCAAGGUGUUGUCAGGAAUUCUUCUUAACAAAGGGUGCAGUUAAGACAACGUACAGAAUCACCACACCAGAAGCUUGAAUAGUGGUGCUGUGACGUGGAGAACACUUGGUUUAUCAAGUCAACUGGCAUUACAGGUGUGGGAGCUCCUUUUUUGAGGGUGAACUAGAGGUGAUUACACUUAUUUAAAUGUUCUCUCUUUAAGCUUCUCAGUACUUUGAGCAAAAAAAUUCUAUUGAUUAACAAGCCCUAAUGUUCAAAUUCAUGGUGGGUCAUCAAACGUUGCCAUUGUUUAUUGAAAGGUAGCAAAAGUUGUUGCUUCUUUGUGAGGCGCUUAGCUCUAGUGAAAAGAUAGUACUUGUGUUCUCCUUGUCAAAUGGCUUGCCGGAUAGAUAAAAACACCAGUCGAGUCUUCUAGUCGCCAAACAAGGGAGAUUUUCUUGGCAAGCAAAGAAAAAUACUAAAUUGAUAUUAGACAUAAGGUUAGGAUCAUGAGCAAAAUCAAAUACUUUUAAUGGUUUGAGGUUUUUACACCAGGGGCUCAUCUAAUCAUUUCUUUAAUCAUUUCUUUUUAUUGUCUUGGUAUUCGCUCUUAUUUUCACUGUUUUCCUGUUUUUUUUUUAAGACCCUUACUGCUUGCUUCUAAAAUGACUUACAAAUAAUGGUUAUGCAUGAUUGAUUGGACCAUUAACACUAUAGUCACACGAAAGCCUUUUUUGUUGGUAUAAAAAAGUGGCUCGAUAGGAUUAAUUUUCCAGGGUCAAUACCUCCAAAGUUUGAGCAUAAACUAUGUCGCCAUAAACAAAGAUAUGGACAAAUUACCACCAACGUUAUAUCAAGCAGGGGCAGCCAACGAGAAUACAGUUCAAAACCACUUAAACAUAGCAUUGUUGAACGUAUUUUAGUAUUUAAACGGUAGAUAUAGGCAUAUUUUUAUCCCUUGAAAAUUUUUCAUCUGUUCGGAAUCCUUAGCUGAACGUCUAGUACUCCGAAAAUUAUAGGGAUCAAAACUUGCCUUUUCGAAAAUUUCAGCCCGAAAAAAGGCUCCCGAAAAUUCUAGGUCACCUUUUUAGGGUAAAAAUCCGUUAAAAAUGGGCAAUUAUACCAUUUUUUAGAUGUUCGAAAAUCCUAGGAGAGGCAGGCAAGCGAAGAAUUUUACAAUAAAUGUUCGGAAAAUUCUAGAUCUCCAAUCGUCUUCCGAACAGAUAUUUUCCGAAAAUUGACGUUGGGUGCCCCUGGUUAUAUUGCAGAAAGAUGAAAAUUUGUUAUGAUAUGGGUUGCAAUGACAUCGGAUUUGUCAUAGCAACGAAAUGACACCAUUCCCUAUUUUACUUACAGCAGUAUUUCUCGUCACUGGCAACUGUUCUUCCAAAAUCGUUCCUCCAAAAGCCGCCUCAAUGUUAGUGAAGUUUAAGCGAAAUCUGUAAGAGCGUUAUCGAGAUAACGAAAUUAUGUGUUUACAAGUGAGAGCCUCUCAUUAUUCAGGGCUAUUGUCUCCAAGUUUCAUAUUUUCGCGCACAACGACAGCUAGCAUAUUUCAAAUGCAAAUUUAAAAUGCCUUGUUAGUUACUGCUGUUCACGACGUGAAUAUGAUACUUGGAGACAAUAUCCUUAAAUAUUGAGAGGCUUUCACUUGAAAAGACGAAACUUCAGAUAACAAAUUAUCGAAUUGUAGCCUUUAUUUUACUGCCUUACAAUACAUCAAUAAUCUUGAAACUAAGAGGUCGUAUAAAAGGACGGUUGAUCUCGAUUCUUAAUUUUUUUUAAAAAAAUCUAUCGAACCGUUAAAAAAUUAUUUGCUAAUUUGUUAGAGUACGCCGAAAUGUUUACAGAACCGCUAACAAGACACACUGACAAGAGUGCCUCGAUACAUACUAUAAAUCAUAACGUUCUUUCCAGCAAUCGGCUGGAGCUAUCUCCAUGAUCUUUCACACGUUUUCAAAAAGAUUGAAACUGCCUGUCAAAAGCGCUUCGUUUUCUACAGAUAACAAUCGAACAUCAGGAUUGUCCAUUUUUUACCGUAUUUCUAGCCAUAAAGACUUCUUCCCAAAAUAUCUUGAUAACUCUAUAACAGAUUUCGCUUAAACUUCACGAACAUCGAGGCGGCUAUUGGAGGAGAAAAAACUCCCGUGAACGAUUUUGGAAUAACAGUUGCCAGUGACGAGAAAUACUGCUGCAAGUAAAAUAGGUAAUGGCGUCAUUUCGUUGCUAUGACAACUCCGAUCACAGUCAUUGCAACUCAUAUCAUAACAAAUUUUCAUCUUUAUAUAAUGCAUGCAACUAUGGUGGCAAUUUUUCCAAAUCUUUGUUUAUGGCGACGUAGCUUAUGCUCAAACUUAGGGGAGGUAUUGACACUGAAAAACUGUAUCGAGCAUCCUUAAAAGUUGCCAACUUCAAAAAUCAACCUUUUUCGCAGCAAAAUAAAAUCAGAGCAACCAAAGUAGACUCAAAGUAACAAAUCUAGUCAUCGCGAAAUCUUUUUAAAAUAUAAACAAACUACAUCAGAAAGACGAAAGACAAGAAGUAUUAUUUCAUCCAAGUGAAAAAAGAAAACGAAGAAAGUAAAGUGAAUCAAGAAACACUCAUAAUAGUUCCGCCAUAAAAACGUCCACUUCAUUUUUUAAGCAAAACAUUUUAUUGCACUGUAUAGAAGCGUUUGUUUGGGGGGAAGGGUGGGAACGAACCGAGUAGCUUGAACUAUACUUCUUAUAAGCUCAUUUAUAGUAAGGGACUCCAAGCCACAAAAUUACUUGAUGCAAAGGGUACUGUUCCCUGCAAUGUUGUUUCCUAGUUUCGCUAGGAAAUAAGGUUAAUUUCCUUGAGGAAGGUAAUGUGAAUAAAAAAUCGGAAAAAAAAAACUUGGGCAAAGCGAAGUGAUAAUUAUAACAAUCCUUACUGACUCCGCUCCGGCUUAGAAUUCUUACAAGACACAUGUUAUUUACCAUAGAUUAAGAUAAGAGGACAAGAAAAUUAAGUAAUUGGUUUGAGCCAAAAAAUUAAAGGAACCGGGAUAUUUUCCGGUUAGCCCCGAAUACUAUUUGACUUCAUUUUGAUAACUAAAAGGAGGAGCAGGGAGAGGAGAACUGAGCCUGGUAAAUUAUCCAUAGUUACGUUUCAGUUCAGUUUAGUUUCUACUCAGCUUUCUUGGAGUAUUCUUCUGACAGCAAAGAAAAGAAGAAAAAUGUCCUCAGGUCUUUUAGGUGAUCAGGAAUAUCGUGCCAGAGAUCUAUCGCCUGAAAUGGCAGUUUAAAACACGACAAUUAUUACAGAAAUUUUAAACAUGAUAAACGUUUCGUUGCAGCUAGCCAUUCACGUGGUACAAAACCGCCAUGCCGGAGAGCAAAAAUUGCACUAGGACAAAAAAGACAUACAUAAUUUUAAAUGACAAUUUCCUUUGUUUGUCUUGUCCCAGUGCGACUUUUGCUCUCCUGCAAGGCGGUUUUGUACCACAACAUUUUGCAUAAGGGCCUAUUUAGGGCCUGUUUACAUGGAGGUGGGGGACCCCAGGUAGGUGAGGUAACCAGCUUAGGUGGGGUAACCCGCCUGUCCAUAUGAUCUCUCAUUUUAAUUUGAUCACGUUUACAUGAUAGGUGGGGUGACCCGCCAAGGCGGGUAGCCAUGAAGAUGGGGGAUCCCAGGUAGGUGAGGUAACAUGUGUCAAGUUACCCCACCUAAAAUGUAAACGUGAUCACAUUAAAAUGAGAGAUUAUUUGGACAGGCGGGUUACCCCACCUAAGCGGUUUAUCUCACCUAUCUGCCCCCCCACCCCCUCCAUGUAAACAGGCCCUUAAGUUUCAUUUUCCAAUACUCAAGGGACGAUUGUUACUCCCAAGAGAAAAAUGAAAACAAUGUUUAUACAAAAUUUUGUGGGAAAAACAAUUGCCUUAUUGGGAACGUGUGCGUCUUACUGAACAUAGCUGUACUGAUUUCCUGAUUGACUAGUCACACAUCCUACAUAAUAGAGUUACGUACCCCUGCGCACUUAGAAGGUACAAUAAGCAUACUUAUAAUUCAUCGUUAUUCAUCUUUCAAUGAAAAGAGGCGACAGAAUAUAUAGCUGGCUUUAUCUACUGGCAGAAGAAUGUAGGUCACUUUUGAUUUAAUUUUCCCUUUAGUUACAGCUACAAAAAUGUACCAGUCAAGUUCAGACGGCAUGAGAAAGAUGGAUAAAAUGGCUCUCUGUCUUAUGUUCCUCUGUGCAAAUCUCUUCGCGUUUAAUGCUGCCAAUCCCGGAUAUGAAGAUACAGAUGACGAUAAUGGUGGACACUCUACCGAGUUCAGACCCAUGGGGUACGAAUGGAACAUCGCAGAACUCGAAUACGGCCCUGACAUGCUCAAAAAAAUUUACUCGCUCAGCAAAAAACGGUCUGCCUUCCCGAUUGGUAUCAGGGCCAUCGGUAAAAAAGGAGAGAAAGUUGAAUUUGAUGCUGAAUUUUACAAGUUCUACAAAGCUUUACCUGAAGUUCUGAAAACCUUGCAAGCACGCCUUGAAAGCGUUUUGAAUGACAACGGUAUUAUUGGAGUUGUGACUGGAAGGAUCAAGAGUUUGUCAUCACUGUCGACGAAGAUGGAAAAAGACGGAAUAACGGACUAUCGCAAAAUAACGGACAUUGUAGGCGCCCGAGUUACUUUUCAAACCAUUGAUGAUAUUUUAAAGUUCAAGAAGGCAUAUGUUGAAGCGUUCAACAACACUGUAAACGAGAUCCGAUGCUAUGGUAUUUGUGGACCAGCGAUUGGCAGCGUCGAUCAACGCGAAAAAAUUUACUGGCCCUGGAAAAGUUCCGGCUAUCGUCGUCUUCAUUUCAAGGUGUUUUGCUAUGUAUUUUAAGGUGACAGCCUGGUUAAAAGCUUGUUUUCAGUUUAUUCCUGCCCUUUUUCUUAAAUAUCUUGCCAAGAUUUCAUUCAAUCAAAAAUGACUCCAUUAAGUUGGAGCCCUUGGUUCAAUAACUCUUUGAGAAUUUUUGGAUGAUUUUUCGAAUGUUUUUAAUGUAUACAAAGUAGGGGCGAUGUUGAAAAUUUUAAAAAUUGGAAAAUGUUGGAUUUGGGGUUGUUAAAGAUUAAAAUAAAAAAGUGAAUGAUUAGUUGCCAAAUAACAGAUAGCCCACCACCACAACAAGAUGCCUCUGAUCCCAUUAGCGGACUAACUGAAUUAUGUGUACACCUUUCCUGCCAUAAUUAUUUCCUUCCUAAAUUAACAUCAUCACCAGGAUGCCGCCUUAAUGUAUCCUUUACUUAGAAAAUAAGGGUCAUCUUGCAAUUCUUAUUAAUUUAUUUUUUUUCCUCUCCUUUGCCUCUCUGACCGAGGAGAAAUGGUGACUGGUAAGAGGUAACACUAUACCCAGUAACAAUACUAUAGGUGUAUGCAAAUCAAUGUGUGGGCUUGAGCGGAAAUCUUGCCCCAUUCGUCACUAAAAGCCUGCACACCAUGAGUUAUUCAAAAUUUGGAUCACUUAUCCACUGGAUAGUGAUUUAUAGGGUGGAUAGCGCUGUCCAACUUUGCAACAAUUUGUGCCAGCUCCCUUAACUUUAAACCUUUUUCAUAAACUGAAUCUCAGGCUGCUCAAUUGAACUUCCAAGCCGCAAAGCGGCCUGGAAAUGUCUGAGUUUGUUUUAUAAUUAAUAUGUUUUCACUUUUAAAGGUAGCACUCCCAGAGGUUGAUACAGCAGGAGAGGUUCAAAUGGGAACACCAUACAUGACGCUCUGGGCAGACUGGGAACAUGACGUAGUUUACAAAGGGCCUGCACGCUUUACAGAGAACGAGAAUGUCAAGAAGUAUGCUCAGAGGUUGGCCAAAUACUACAUGAUGCUUGAUGAUAUACGAAAUGAAAUGCUUCCAUCAUGUCCCCAAAUUUUGCAGGAAAGUUUGAAAGAGUCCGAUUCUUCUCUUAAUGAGUGCUUAUUCUGGAAUGACCUUCGCACAAAUAUGUAGUAAAAACUGUAAUCUUCUGGUGUUGGCUCCUGGUGUUACUAAUAUGAAAAAUACAAUUUAGCUAACAUACAUGUAACUCGCUGAGUAAAAUAAAUUAUCUGCAACAAUGAUCGGAUAGAACAGGGGUACCCAACGGCAAUUUUCGGGAAAACAUCUGUUCGGAAGACGAUUUGAGAACUAGAAUUUUCGGAACAUUUGUUGUAAAAUUCCUUGCUUGCCUGCCUCUCCUAGGAUUUUCGAACAUCUGCAAAAUGGUAUAAUUACCCAUUUUAAACGGAUAUUUACCCUAAAAAAGGCCACCUAGAAUUUUUGGGAGCCUUUUCCUGGCAGAAAUUUUCGAAAAGGUUAGUUUUCAUCCCUAUAAUUUUCGGAUCACUAGACUUUCAGCUAGGAAAUCCGAACAGAUGAAAAGUUUUUAGGGGAUAAAAAUAUACCUAUAUCUACCGUUUAAAUACUAAAAUACGUUUUAACAAUGCUGUGUUAAGUGGUUUUGAACCAUAUCCUCGUUGGGUGCCCCUGAUAGAAGUGGAUUUAGUUUUGUAAAUGAUAACCCCUGGAUCGUGAGUACACAGCGUGGUACAACCACAUGAUGAAAAAUGGCUUUCCUACCGACAGAAAAAUUAAGGGGGGUUCAUGUCUAAAGGUGUAAUUAUGGAGAGCGAUCGAUUUGCAAAUUUACCGUAGAUGAAUAGGCGCUUUCAGUUGCAGCAUGCUAUUCAUCACGUGUGUUGCAAUACGCUAUUGCAUAUUCACAGCCUCGUACCCAGGCCUGUUCGCGCUAUCCGAGUGACCAGAGGAGGCUUGGAACCAAGCGCGAUAGCCCGAGGCGAAUUUUCCCGACAAGCUUGACAGGUGACGUCACAUCCGAAAUCGCCGAGGACGACUGGGAACGAGGCUGGCAUAUUCAAUUAGCCGACGAUUGUUUAGAUCGUUAUUCCCAAGACGGACCAUUCUUUGUUCACAUUCAGUUAGCUGUAGAUCACGCUUAAAGUUAUUAUUCAUUGUGCAGUCUAACUUUGUAGUGAGAACCGUUAGGACGCUGAAUAAACUCCGCUCGUCAAAAGUUGUCUUGUCAAUAUAUUUCUUCAUGCUGGAAGCAGAAAGUACAUGAGGAAACA